UUUUAACGAUUGGACGUGUACAAAACUGUGUACGAGUGAAAUAGGCAGCCAUAAGUAUUUUUAAUUGAGGUUGUGUUCAAAAUGGGUGGAGAUAAAAAUCCUGAAAAUGUUGUGGUACAAAUCAAUAAAUGGGAUGGUGCUGCUGUCAAGAAUGCAUUAGAUGAUGCAGUUAAAUAUAUACUUAUUAAAAAAUAUAAUUAUUUGGAAAAUUUUGCACUAUUUGAUGGACGACUAGUUCUUUGUGCAAUUACUGUGACAUUGGCGCUUAUAGCUGUACUCUGCGAUUAUCUGUAUCCAUUUCCAGCAUCUAAAUCAGCUUUAGCUAUUUGCGUUGCAUUAUAUUUCUUUUCGACGGCUCUCUUAUCAUUGUAUACAUCAUAUAAAGAGAAAGGAAUAUUUGUUGUUGCUAUCCAAAGAGAUCCAGCAAGUUUUAACCCUGAUCUUAUUUGGGAGGCUAGUUCAUACUUAAAAAAAUAUGAUGACAAGUACAAUUUGAUAUUGUCUGUUAAAAAUGCGUCCACCGGAAGCGUGAACGAAGCUAGUAUUACAAAAUCUGUAGCGAACUUUAUCGACGUGAAUGGCGUUGUUAUACCAGAAUUAAUAGAGAGUACUGUAGCGAGUAUGCACGACAGUUUGACAAGUCAACGAAAAGAAAAGUAGCAGGAGAAACCAAUGAUUUUCAGUAAUUAAAUUUUUCAUUCUCCCUAUAAUUUUUCACAUUUUUAUGUACUUCUCAUUGAUGUAAAUACAACGUGAGAAUAAAGUCCAUCAGUUAAAAAUGACGUAUGUAUUGUUACACGUGUUUAAAUACAAUAGAAAAAACAAAUAUAAACUUUUACAUAGCCGUUAAUAAAAUAAAAAUUUUCUUGAUCCGCUUACACCACUAGUAAAUUAUUUACAUAGCUACGUCUUGAUUUAUCCAACGAUUUCCCUUUCAUAAUGCAUGACCGAUGAAAUGUCAAAUUAUAUAGCGAUUGUAUGCAAUUAUCAUGAAGAAAUAAAGAGUAGCUCAUCAGCAA